CCUCGUUCCCAGGGUACCGCAAAGAUUACGAAGUUGGUUUUUGAACGUUUUGAUCGUAGUUUUGAUAUCGUCGUCGGGAUGUCUGCGUUAGUUUUUUAAGAUAACCUGUGACACGAUAACACCUAGAUUUAACUGUGUAUAUUUACACGAGAUGAAGCCUGGAUUUCACAAGAUCGAACUCAAUAGGACAGUAUGGGAAGUUCCGACGAGGUACAUCAAUUUGGCACCCAUCGGCGUUGGGGCCUAUGGGCAAGUUUGUUCUGCCCUGGACACAGAACGCAGGCAAAAGGUAGCAAUAAAGAAACUUUCAAGGCCGUUCCAGUCAGCCAUUCACGCCAAGAGGACGUACCGAGAGCUGCGUUUGCUCAAGCACAUGGAUCAUGAAAAUGUGAUAGGCCUUCUAGACGUAUUCACGCCGUCUACGACCCUAGAAGAUUUCCAGGAUGUAUACCUCGUAAACCACCUAAUGGGUUCAGACUUGAACAAUAUCAUUCGAACACAGAAGCUGAGUGACGAGCACGUUCAGUUUCUUGUCUAUCAGAUUCUUCGUGGGCUCAAGUACAUCCAUUCAGCUGGAAUCAUACAUAGGGAUCUGAAACCCAGCAAUAUAGCAGUCAACGAGGACUGCGAGCUCAAGAUACUGGACUUUGGUCUGGCACGACAUGCAGAAGUGGAAAUGACUGGGUACGUGGCCACACGCUGGUAUCGUGCCCCCGAAAUCAUGCUCAACUGGAUGCACUAUAAUCAAACAGUGGACAUCUGGUCCGUAGGAUGCAUCAUGGCAGAGCUUAUCACCUCCAAGACCCUGUUCCCUGGCAACGAUCACAUUGAUCAGCUGAUGCGGAUCAUGAGAGUCGUGGGCACUCCGGACACCUUCUUACUCAUGAAAAUGACCAGCGAGGAGGCAAGAAACUACAUUCGAAGUCUGCCAGUGAUGCGCAAAAAGAAUUUUACAGAGGUGUUCCAGGGUGCUAACUCUGUGGCCAUUGACCUGUUGGAGCGCAUGCUUGAGUUGGACGCAGAUCGGCGACCAACGGCCACCGAGGCUUUGGCCCACCCGUACCUGGCCAGUCUGGCCGACCCCUCGGAUGAGCCUACAGCCGAGCCCUGUGACCAGUCCUUCGAAGAGAGAGACCUCGCGGUGCAGGAAUGGAAACAAAUGGUGCACAAAGAAGUGAUCAUGUUCGAGCCCAAGAUCAGACAGAUCAGUGCCGGAAUUUCUGGAAUUGCACAGGACAUGCAACGAGUGCUCAGGUGUUCAGACUCGUGCAACUGUGGCAACAUCAAACUUGUGGCUAAAGAUUUUCCUCAGUGUCAGAAUCGUAGCACAAUUUAUGUGCGAAAAGCGGUCAGUAUCUCCAUUUUUGGGAAAAUACACUUGUCAAGUCCAUUGUGCAUCCUGCUGGUCAACUUGGGGAUUUUGGGUGACCAUGUGCUGCAAAUGGCACAAAUGCUGCCAGCACAUACAUAUCACUGUAUGCUGUCAUACUGAGGGUUGAAAGGGCAACAUUUGUGAUAUAUUUGACACAGCAUCAUGCACUAAUCACCACUAUGCUUCCCCAUUCUGCUUAGUACAUGGUGAUUUGAUUAAACCCUAAUUUUCAAUGCGCCAAGUCACACAAGGCUUAGGAUAACAUACUGCAAUAGUAGUGCUGUUGUGAAAGCUACUGAUGUAACGUGAAAUGUUGCAGGUGCUAAUAAGUCUUCCAAAUGAGUAACAAGGCAUUGCAUCGUCCAUGUUCCACUGAGGAAGCGUUCUGCUUUGUGUUGUCCUUUGGCAUCACUCACCUUCAGUUUUUAGACCGAAAACCUCAUUUUGCAAAUGAAUGUUUGGUUUACGCUCAGAUAGUGGUCAUGAAUAACCUUACAGCUGGCGUCAACGAGCAACUUGUUAAAACAAUUGUGGAUUGCAGGCUCAUACCGGUGGAGACUUGUCCACUCCUGUCGGAACUGUCACAACUGCUGUGACAGUGUGUGUGACCCAUGUGCUCUGUGCACAAUGAAACCAAAAUAUUUUUCUUUUAGUUUCCGAAUUUUUUAAACAAAACUGCUUGACAACGUAUUGCAUUCCCUACCAAGGAGGUUACUUCCCAGUUCACUCCUUACAAGGGAAUAAAUUUGAGAUUUUAUGGAAUGACGACUGGUUGCAAGAUGCAGAGUUGUUAAUGUCGUGUAGUCCUCUGUGCAUUUAGUUAAGGGGAUGUGUUGUCUAUGCUAGAACGAUAUGCAGUACAGUCGAACUCCUUUAUAGUGAACACCUUUUUAACGAAAAUACCACUACAGCAAUUUUUUUUUGCGGUCCUGCUGGAGCCUAUAGGUCCAAUAAUGGACAUCCUUUUUAACGAAAAUCCCUUUACUGCGAAUUUUUUUUGCUGUCCCCUGUGUUUCGUUGUAAAGGAGCUUGACUCCAACAGUGAAGCCUUCUUUCAUAUACACAACCUUUUGUGUAGCAGACUACGUUUCUUCAUGUGGAAAAAGUUUGUAAAGGUACACAAAUAUAUGCAAGAAAGGUCGCACGUGAACAGUAAAUGGCGUGAGGGAAAAGCAGAAAUGAAACAUGAUUGAAAAGAAAAAUGUGUGCGACUCUUUUUCCCUCUCACCAUUUAUUGUUAACAUGGGACUUUUCUUGUAUACAUCUAACUUGUACAAAUGUUUUGCAACUGAAGAAAUGUAGUUUACGACAAAAACUUUUGUAUACAUGCUAUUGGGUAUUAAAGAAGGCUUCGCUGUUAGAUUUCCUGCAUAUUGUAACUGUUCUGGAUGCUGGCUGCAUUCUUCCCUACUGUUUCCAUAGUAGAACCCGAGAAAAUGCUAUACACGUGUUUGCAUUUAUGAACAAAGCCAAGAAAGUGCAAUAUUUCUUUUUGUUGUUUCGUGUUAUAUAUUUUUAUGUAGCAUUUACUAUGUUAUGCAAGUUCAUCAGUGAAGUUCACGAAACUCACGACCAGGACGUUUUCUUCUUCUUUAUUUUUGGAAGGUGUUUUUUCCAGGGAGGCAGCACAGGGCUCGUUACAGGGUUUCCCGUUGUAUUUUUUCGUACAGUACAGAGACAGGGAUAGCUAUCUACUGAUUAUAGUCGUAAAAGAGAGACUCAUGCAUUCUUAACACCACGACAAUGGGUACUUGAAAAGGUCCUACUGUCAAAAAAGACAAACGUUAUCCGCGGACUUUGAUUAUCUAAUGUGAUGAGGAAAUCCCACAAAAAAACAAAAAAAAAAAAAACUUGAGUCUCAGUAGUGUCAUGCAAAUGCUUCCUUCAGUUGUCGCUAAAUGCCAGAAUUUCAAUACCUCUUCAACGUCACUUUUUAUACGCGAAUAGCAACGGAUCACUUUAUAAAGGAUGCAAAAUCUCUGUUCCGAAAUAUGUGGCCUGGGCACCAUGCACAAUGAGCCUACUUAUGUACACUUAUACAAAUCAUUAAAUAAAAGUUUUUCUUAAAAAAAGAAAGA